AUGGUUGCUGAUACACCAACAGAAACAACUACAGCAAAUGAAAAUCAAAAUAUAACGAAUACGAGUGGUGGUGAUUCACAAGAAGGCACAAGAAUAAGAACAGAUGGUGUCCGUCAACAACAAGCAGUUCAACAUCAGAACGGUUUGAACAGACAACAUAAUAGACGAAGUGGCAAUGGCUCUGGUAGACGCGUUCGAGGUCGAAGUCGUUAA